AUGGGAAGACAAAAAGAUAAGUUUUGGCAACAUGCUGAGCAACUUGAUAGUUCACAUUUCAAAUACAAAUUUUGUGAAAAACAAGUUUUUGGAGGGGUCACUCGACUCAAGUAUCAUUUAGCUAAGGUUAGUGGUCAUGAUGUUGCCUCUUGUGAGAAAGUAUCAGAUGAUGUCCAAGCAGAAACUCUUCUUGCUAUUAAUUUUGAAUCAAGUAGUAAAAAACGGAAGAGUUGUACCAGUGGUGAGAGUAUAUGCACAACCCGUUAUGGUCCUAGUGUUCCUAUUCCAAGUUAUGGAACCCUUCGUGGAAGAAUAAUUCCUGAAGCAAGAAAGAACCUUGAAAAAUAUGCUGAAAAAGUAAAAUUUUCUUGGAAGCAAGCAGGUUGCACAUUCAUGUCUGAUUCAUGGACUGACUUGAAGAAGUGGUCUUUUCUUAAUGUGAUUGCUUAUUCCCAGGGUGGUGUUCUCUUUUUAAAGUCAGAGGAGUGUUCUCAUGUUAGAUUGACUGCUUCUUAUAUAUUUGAUAUUCUUGACAGAGAGAUUCAAAGUAUUGGCCCAAAUUUAGUGGUUCAGCUAAUUUCAGAUAAUGUAUCCAAUUAUUCAAGUGCACUUGAUAUGCUUACUGGAAAGUAUCGUUGGUUGUUUAAGACUCGAUGUGCAGCCCAUGAUAUCAAUCUAAUGUUGAAGGAUAUCUAUGAAAAGUUUUUUUGGGUUCAAGAAAUUUUUUAUGAGGCAAAAAGAAUUAUUGACUACUUGUACAAGUCAAUAAUUGUCUUACAGUUGAUGAGGAGUUUCACAAACAAGCAUCUAAAAUAUCCUUGUAAAACUAGAUUUGCUUCAAACUUUUUAAUGCUUCAGUCAAUUGUUGAAGUGGAAGAGAAGCUUAGACUCCUAGUUGCAUCAGCUGAGUGGAGGAGUCUAAGAAAUUCGAGAUCUUUUGAAGCAAAUCGAGUGGACACUAUUCAAAGGGAGUCGUUUUGGAAUGGUUCAAAAGAGAUUUUGAGGUUUAUGGAACCAAUCAUUUGA